AUUUGUGUUUAAUCCCCGGGCGGGGCUAAUCCGCCCCCGGGGCACCGGGACCCGCCGCGGGCCGGGGCAGCAGCGCCGGCGUCCCACGCGCCCCCCGGCAGCCGCCAUGGACAUCGGGGGCCUGGAGACGGUGGUGGCCAACUCGGCCUACGUGUCGGCGCGCGGCGGCCCCGGCGGCGGCGGCAAGGAGCGGCGCUCCAAGGCGCGCCUCCGCCUGCCCCACAUCUCCCAGUGCGAGGCCCUGCGCGCCCAGCUGGGCGGCACCGCCCAAAACGGCGCCCCGAACGGCGCCCCGCCCGGCCACGCCCAAGAUGGCGGCCAGGAGACGUCGUUCCGCUGGCAGUGCGUGGAGCAGCCCAUCGGGAAGCUGCUGUUCCGGAGGUUUCUGGAAGGACGGCCGGAAUUCGCGCCCGCCGGGGCGCUGUGGGCGGAGAUCGAGGCCUUCGAGCAGUGCGAGGACGCCGAGAGGGAGGAGGCGGCCAAGCGGCUGCGGAGCCGCUUCUUCACGCCAGGAGGGUCCGAGCACUGCGGCUUCCUCAGCGCCGCCGCCACCGCGCCGCCCGCAGGUUCGGCGCCGGCGGGCGACGCCUUCGUGCCGGCGCGGCGGGAGCUGCUGGCGCACCUGGAGGCGGCGGCCUGGGGGCCGUACCGGGGCUCGCCCGAGUUCGGGCGCUUCGUGCAGUUCAAGUGGCUGGAGGGCCAGGCCGUCAGCGCCGACGCCUUCGCCGAGUUCCGCGUGCUGGGCAAGGGCGGCUUCGGCGAGGUGUGCGCCUGCCAGCGCCGCGCCACCGGCAAGAUGUACGCCAACAAGCGCCUCAACAAGAAACGCCUCAAGAAGCGCAAGGGAUACGAGGCGGCGCUGGUGGAGAAGCGGAUCCUGGCGCGUGUCCACAGCCGCUUCAUCGUGUCCCUGGCCUGCGCCUUCCAGACCAAGACCGACCUCUGCCUCGUCAUGACCAUCAUGAACGGCGGCGACCUGCGGUACCACAUCUACAACGUGGACGAGGAGAACCCCGGCUUCGCGGAGCCGCGCGCGGUUUUCUACACGGCGCAGAUCCUGCUGGGGCUGGAGCACCUCCACCAGCACCGCAUCGUCUACCGCGACCUCAAACCCGAGAACGUCCUGCUCGACGACGCCGGCCACGUCCGUCUGUCCGACAUGGGCUUGGCCGUGGAGCUCAAGGAUGGAGAGAGCAAAACCCGCGGCUACGCCGGGACCCCAGGGUUCAUGGCCCCCGAGCUGCUGAAGAACGAGGACUACGAUUGGUCGGUCGAUUACUUCACGCUGGGGGUGACGGUCUACGAGAUGCUGGAGGCCAAAGGUCCCUUCCGCCGGCGGGGGGAGAAGGUGGAGAACAAGGAGGUGACGCGGCGCAUCCUGAACGACCCGGUGACCUACUCGGAGAAGUUCAGCGCGGCGGCGCGCGAGGCCUGCGAGGGGCUCCUGGCCAAGGACCCCCAGGCCCGCCUGGGCUUCCGCGACAACGGCUGCGCGCAGCUGAAGGCCCACCCCUUCUUCAGGAGCAUCAACUGGGGGCGCCUCGAGGCCGGCCUGGUGCCGCCCCCGUUCGUGCCGGACCCCCGGCGCGUCUACGCCAAGGACCUGGGCGACGUGGGGGCCUUCUCCACGGUGAAGGGCGUGGAGCUGGACGCGGGGGACGCGGCGCUGUGCGACGCCUUCGCCUCGGGCACCGUGCCCAUCCCCUGGCAGGAGGAGCUGAUCGAGACCGGCGUCUUCCAGGAGCUCAACGUCUGGGGGGCCCCGGGGACGCUGCCCCCUGACCUGGACCCCAACGCCGCGGGGGGCGCGGGUGGGGGGAAGUCCUCAACGUGUCACCUGCUGUGAGGGGCACCCCGAAAUCGGGGGGGAAAGUCCUCCACGUGUGGGACCCCAAAAUCUGGGGGUAACUCCACCUGUCACCGAAAUUUGGGGAGUAAUUCCACCUGUGGGACCCCGAAAUUUGGGGGGUAACUCCACCUGUGGGACCCGAAAUUUGGGGGGAAAGUCCUCCACGUGUCACCUGCUGUGAGGAGCACCCCAAAAUCUGGGGGUAACUCCACCUGUGGGACCCCGAAAUCUGGGGCUAACUCCACCUGUGGGACCCCGAAAUUUGGGGGGUAACUCCACCUGUCACCUGCUGUGAGGGGCACCCCGAAAUUUGGGGGGAAAGUCCUCCACGUGUCACCUGCUGUGAGGGGCACCCUGAAAUUUGGGGUAACUCCACCUGUGGGACCCCAAAAUC